AUGGAUGCCAUAAUAUUCAACCUCGCUGGGGAUGUCCCGGCUGUGACGAAGGCCUGGGCGGCCGGGAUCAUCGUGUUGUCAGUGUUGACCAGCACAACUAUAGUUGAUCCCAGCAACACGCUUUAUAAUUUCGAUCUGGCUUUCAGAAGGGGCCAGUAUGUGAGAGUAUUAUACUCGUUUUUCGAUUAUGGAAAGCUAGACUACUGGUUUGUGUUUGGAGUGGUUGUCAUGCUGUCGCAGCUAGCAGACGUGGAAAAAGCGGUACAAACGCGCAGCCAGUUUUUGUGGAUGAUCUUUCUACUGGGUGGAAUGGUCAUUGGGAUGAGCAAAUGGAUUCAACCGUAUGAAUCUCUCGCGCACGUUGUCCACAAAAAUCUGCUUUACUAUAAGAUUCGAAUGGAUAUCCAGUCCGUUGGAAAUGGGGGAGCUCGAGUCGGAGUCUCCCCUCUAAUGCUACGGCUUUCCAUGGACAUUUUACAGCUCGCAACAGUUAAAAGCAUGUGGGGAAUUCUGAUAACGUAUUUGCCGGGGCAACUUUAUUUUUUCGUAGAGCAGAUUGUGAGUAAAAUCUACGGGGUCGAAUUGUGCAAGCCCCCCAACCAGUGGUUCCAAAAAUCAGGACCACAAGAAAACGAGGAUGAACAACCACUGGAAGAGUAG